AUGCAAAAUUUUCUAAACAAUCUGCAGGCCAGGACGAAAACAGCAGACUUCCAACGCCUUCUCCAGUCGAACGAGCGCCCAACUGAAGCACAAAUCGUGAACAUUCGGAAAACCAUGUUAGCCGAGGCCAUGCAAAGGCUCUCAGAGCUCCACCAGGUCUGGGAAACACUCCAACAAAUAAUCGACGACUGCAAGACUGUCGUUUCCCCCAUGCGUCAACUGCCGCCAGAAAUACUGCUCGAGAUCUUCCAUUGGACCAUCGCGGACCAAGAGUACGUCGACGUCUUCUGUAUCAAGUCUGUUCCGUGGACUCUGGGACAAGUAUGUCGUACAUGGCAUGAGGUUGUACAGUCAGACCCAAGAUUGUGGUCGAACCUCCUCGUGAGAGGUUUCUCCUAUGACCGAAAUCCCCCUCAAGAACCGCUCAGCAUGCUUAAAACGGCGCUGCGUCUAUCCAAGGAUCGGUCGCUAUCCAUCCGGUGUUCUUUUGAUUGUGAUAAUUUAUUGGAGAUGGAGAAAGAGAGGAAUGCCAUCCAAGAGAAAUGGCCAAACCUCUACAACCCCGAGGAGGAUAAUAUUAUUACUCUCAACCACCGAGUGCUGCAGCUCCUUGUGGACAACUCUCGACGCUGGAAGAAUGCGCGUUUCAGGGUAGACGACUACGCUUAUCUGUCGAUGUUCAAUGCCGCCAAGGGGAAACUGGAUCGGUUGGAGACUCUAAAUUUUGGGAUGAUCCCAGGCUGGAUCGAUGACGAGCUUAUCCCCACGUUCGACGCGUUCGCAGUGGCUCCAAAGCUGUUCAACAUCGAAUUAUCAAGAAUGGGACGCGUCAAGCCUGUUCUUCCAUAUGAGCAGUUAUUCUCGGCUCGGAUGGAGUGGUGCGAUCGAAAUGUGCUUGAAGAACAUCUCGUGACCCUCCACGAGAUGCCGAAUCUACAGGAAUAUGACCUCGACGGAUUCGACUAUGAGAUGAGAGAGCUCAGCGAGCCUGGGUUCAUCCAUCACAACGCGCUCCGGGUUCUACACGUAUGCACACCUGGCGCCUUGACCAAUCUCGUUCUCCCGAAUCUCGAAGAGGUUCAUCUCAAGGCAGCGUCUCUCGACGAGAUCUGUAGAUUUGCCACCCUCGAUAAACUCCCUGGGCUGAUUGAGAGAUCUGGGUGCUCAAUACGAAAACUCACACUGGCUGACGUCCUAGAGAGCAGUGACAUCAUCCCGGUACUGGAACGUACACCCAACUUGAACGAGCUGCACGUCGAGCUGAAUCAUUGGCAUUACGAAACGGAUGAGUUCAUGGCGGUGGUAGCCAGAUAUCUUCGGAUCAGGAAGGAUGGCAGGGAGAUGCCCGUUGCUCUGCCCAGACUUCAUACACUGACAAUGUCGGUGCGGGGCUCCCCGAAGUGGGAUAUACCAUUCGAUCUUCCUAUAUCAUUUUUGAAGAAAAGGAUGGCUGAGAUGAUCCGGGACCGCUGGAAUAUCAUUGACGGUUCAGGAGUGAAUAGACUCAAGUCUGUCCGAAUCUAUGUAUCGGUGCCCUCAAGGUAUCAUAUAGCCCCGUAUGACGAGUUUAUCGCAGGUAUAGAGGAGCUCCAAAAGCAGGGGCUAGACAUCUCGAUAGUCAUCAAAGCUGGUCACGAAACGUUGUAUGGGUUAUAG